CUUUGAAAAUUUUUUUUAAUUACUUUUAAUUUUGUGAUUAAUUUUGCUUCAUCUUCGUUGUAUUUAAAUAAAUUUAAUUCAAAACUUUGAUUUCAUUUUGUUGUCACUGUCAAAUAAUGAGCUUCUUCUUUGGCCAGAGAAACUACAAAACUUUCAAGCCAAAGAAACACAUACCAGAAGGCUCCCACCAACAUGACCUGAUGAAGCAUGCAGCUGCCACGCUGGGCAGUGGAAAUCUCAGACUUGCAGUGGCACUGCCCGAGGGAGAGGACCUUAAUGAGUGGGUGGCUGUCAACACUGUGGACUUUUUCAAUCAGAUCAACAUGCUGUACGGUACGAUCACCGAAUACUGCAGGGAGGAUUCGUGUCCAGUGAUGUCAGCCGGCAAGAAGUACGAGUAUCACUGGGCGGAUGGGCUGACCAUCAAGAAGCCAAUCAAGUGCUCAGCACCUAAAUACAUUGACUACAUGAUGACCUGGGUUCAGGAUCAGCUCGACGAUGAGUCCAUCUUUCCAUCCAAGAUUGGAGUUCCAUUCCCCAAAAACUUCCUCUCAAUUUCAAAAACGAUAUUGAAGCGCUUGUUUCGUGUCUACGCUCAUGUUUACCAUCAACACUUUGAACAGGUUGUGAACUUGCAAGAGGAAGCACAUCUGAACACAUCUUUCAAACAUUUCAUCUACUUUGUCCAAGAAUUCAGUCUCGUUGAUAAGAAGGAGCUGAUGCCCCUGCAAGAUCUAAUUGACCGACUCACAGCUAAGGACAGAUGAAUUCCAACACAUUUCAGUAUAAUGAAUUUUUUUUCAAACAUGUUCGUCGUUCUUUUUAUCAUUCAAUUGUUUUUUGAAGAUCAUGUUUUGCAAUUUUAUUCAACAAAUUUGGUUACUUCACAAAUGUAUUUUUACUUUCGUAGAUACUUAUUUAAUUUUAUAAGUCUUUUAUUUAUUAUUCUUAUAUUUAUGUAAUAUUUUUGCAAGUGUUGUGUUGUAAGAAUGGCGAUGUGUUGAUCAAGUGUCCUAAGCAUGCUUACCACGUAUCUAAUUGUAUAUAAACGUACGAUUUAUUACUCCUAACUAAUUAAUUAUUGUACUUUUUACUGGUGUCAUAAUGAUUUUCAUUGCUGUAAUUAUAAAACAAUGACUUACGCAUUUUAAAUAAUUUUUAUUCUGAAAGCAGUGAAAUUUUUUUAAUUAGAAUCGCAUAUAAAAUUUGUGGCUUCAUCAUUACAUCCAAGACACAAUAGACAAUGUUGCAUUUCAUUUUACGAACCAGAUAUUCACUAUUUCGUCAUUCACGUUGUGUUUAUAAAAUGUCAAAAUUUAUUUUAUUACAACUGGUUCAUAACAGUUAAUGUGUACUGAUUUCUGGUAAGCAAUGGUCAGUGAAGUUUAUAUUAAAUUUAUUAAUUCAAAAAUAUAACGUGCACUCAAAUAUUCAAUAACAUAGCAAUGAUCUUAUUAACUUUUUAUGACAAAGUUAAGACCUUAACACAAAAUGGGACCAGGGUACAUAGCGUACGUCAGAAUUAUUAGUAUCUACUUUUCGUUCGCAAUUGAUAUUCACGUAUGUUUUAAGAUAAUUUGUAUAUACGAAUACGUGUACGUUGACACGAUUUAAGUGCAAUUUUAAUCGCGACUAAUGAUUUGCAACAGAAUGAAAAAAAAAUGUUUACACAUAGAAUCACUAAGUAGCUGAUUUAGAUGGCUAUGAGCAUUAUUUGUGAGUCGUUGUCUUAAGAGAAAAGGUAGUGUUUUUAAAGAGAAAAUUGACCUUACAAGUCUGUUAGAAUAGUUGACCGUCCCUUGAGCACGGAAAAAUAUUCUAAACUUAUGAAAAUUUCCACCGUCACCAAUCGUUGCUGAAAGUCCCACCCGGUCAUUUCUCCCCGGUCGUCAAAUUUUUUUCCAAAAUUUUGGCCCCCCGUCAAAGUUGUCUAGAUCCGCUACUGCAAUCACUUUUGAAUUAAAAAUGUAUAAAUAUAGAUUGAUAGGUUAAACUUAUAGUCACUUCGUUUUUAGUGUAUAUUUAUCACAUUUUGUCUUAUAAUCAUAGCAAUUCUCUUUGUAUUACCACAACAC